AUGGGUUUCAGCAGUUCUCUUUGCCUUCUUUCGGUGUUCUUUCUGCCCUAUUGCUGGACGAAACCUCUAUUGGACCGUGAUGGGACCUGUGCUGUGUGGCCCUCCGAAUGCGGGCGUCAAGUGGGUUCCCGCAUCGUGGGUGGGGAGGAGUCCACCACCCAGCAGUGGCCGUGGGUGGCGAGUCUCAACAUGGUGUGGGGAAGCCACUUUUGCGGGGGCUCUUUCAUUACCCGGCGCCACGUGGUGACUGCUGCCCACUGCGUGUCCUUCUUCCGCCUCCUGCCGCAUUUUCUGCAGGUGCGGGUGGGCGGCCACGACGCGCAGGUCACGGCCCGCGUGUCCCUCGUCAGCAUCCACCCCAACUUCGGACGCCUUGCCAAGUUCGACUCCGACCUAGCGUUGCUCACGUUGGCGGAGCCCGUGGUCUUCAACACCGCCACAGCGCCGGUGUGCCUGCCGUCAGCCGAGGCGACGCCGGGCCGACCAGCGAUGGUAGUCGGCUGGGGCAAGGUCGCUGAGGGCGCGCAGGUCUUCAGCCAGACCCUCCGUCAGGUUGAAGUCGAGCUUCAGGACAAGGACGCCUGUGCCGGUUAUGGCUCGUCACUAACGCACGGUAUGUUGUGUGCAGGCGUGAGUGGCGGUGGACGCGACUCCUGCCACGGUGACUCGGGCGGGCCUCUCAUGACUCAGGACGGCGACUCCCGGUGGGUAAUCGCGGGCGUCGUCAGUUUCGGCCGAGGCUGUGGGCGGCCAGAUUUUCCGGGCGUCUAUGUUGACUUGUUCCACUUCAGGGAUUGGAUUGUUGAUUUGGUUAUAACAUGGAAGCAAAAGUCUGAAAACUCUUCUAAAGUGCGUCCAGUUUUAGGAAAUUCUAAUCUCCAGACACUUAAUAGUUAUGUUAACGCUGCAAGCAACCCACGACGAACUCACGACGACGUUCACCAAUUACUCAAAGCUCUAGGAUACGGCUGUGCACUUGCCAGGAGUGAAUCCAGACUGCUACGGUCUCUGAGAGGGAUGACGCCGCUCCUUAACAGUCUUGACUGCCAGAUGGCAGUUAAGGCUGCACGCAAACUCCGUGCCUCCAGACUUUAA